AAAUUACAUAAAUCCAUCCAAACAAAUAAAAGAACAGCUACAAAAAAUAGAAAACAAUAGAAAAAAAAAAAAAAAAAAAAAAAAAAAAAAAGAAGAGAAGCAAGCAAACGAGACACCGAGAGACAAUGGUGACGCUAAUAGUGGCUACGACCACCGAUCCAGCCUCCAUCAACCCCGCCACUGCCCUCUUAAGCAUGCCGGGGUGGCUUCCCGGCCCCUCUUUGUCUCAGGACAUGAAGUCCUUCACCAAUCAGCAAUUGCGACUCUUGCAACACAACAAAGGCAUCGUCGAAGAGGAUGAUUUGGAUCGCCGUUGGGAAGAAGCCACGGGCGAGGUCGUCGACGAGGUAAUCUUCUUUAGCAAACACACUGCCGUUUCUAAUCGACCUGCCCUCACCGUUCACCCAACCGGGGUGCCUCAUUUGCGUGAAGGUGAUGUACCGCCUCAAGGCGGUAGGCCUGGUUGGGCAAGCCCUCCCAGUCCCAGGAUCGGGCCUUGGCUAAGGCUUUUGAAGACAAUUGCUCAAUCUCAUAAUUUAGUUCCUGAAUUUGAGAUUACUCUGGAGGGUACUCACCAUGGGCCAGUAACUAGUAAACCUACCUUGUUUCUAGAAAUUGGUAGUACAGAUGAGUACUGGAAGAGGCAGGAUGCUGCUCACGUCAUGGCUCUAUUGGUUUGGCAAGGACUCGGACUUGGAGGUUUUGAUGCUGUAGGAAACUGGAACAGGGAGAAUGACAAAAAGAAGGUGCUUCUUGGGAUUGGUGGUGGCCAUUAUGCUCCUCGGCAUAUGGAUAUAGUUGUACAAGAUGGUAUUUGGGUAGGCCACCUGCUUUCUGGAUAUUCCUUGCCAAUGGAAGAUCCAAGCCAAUCAAAAGUUGAUGGGAAAACAGAUGGUAUCGGUGGAACUUGGAGAGAAGCAAUUAAAGUUGCAUUUGAAGCUACAAGAUUAGCUUUUCCUGGUGGAGAAAUUUUGGCGCAUCUUGAUCACAAGAGCUUCAAGAGCUGGCAGAAAAAUGCAAUUACAGAGUUUCUUAGUCAGCACGAUAUCAAAAUUGGCAAGCCUAAAGAUUUCAGCUGAUGAUGAGUAAAAGGGCUAGGGUUCUCAGUUUUCAAUUGCCAUUUUUAAAAUUUUGAAAACCACGUAUAGAAACUUGUUUAAGUUUAUUGCUGGUUUCCAAAAUACUUGAUAUCUACAACUAUAUAUAUACACCAAGAAGUGUAGAGCAAUUUGAAUUAUAUCAGACUUCAUUGUACUAGUCAUUAAAUGAGGGUAAGCAAUCUGAUAGAGGAAGCCCUCCUUUCCAUCCAAUGGUCCUUGAUCUGUAAUUCAUUAUAGUUCAGAUUGUAAAAC